AGCUGCAGGGCUGUGAACGGCACUCUGUUGCUGGCAGGCAGGGUGACCUGAGGUGGCCGUCCCAGGGUUGCAGAGGUUCUGGUAACUCUGAAUGGGUGGGGAACUGGGAAGGAGAAGUUAGUCUCACUGAAGCAAAGCCCCCGGGAGCCGGGCUUGCUCCUGGAUCUCAUUUUUCACAUGUCUCCUGCACUCUCACUACUAGCCCUGUAAGAGGAAAGGAGGUGCUUCCUGUUAUUCUGAUUCAAAUCUCAAGCUGGUCACAGGAGAGAAGCAGACUGUCUAUGCUUCAGAGUGGCAGGCUGUACAAGAUGGAUGGACGAGCUCUGCUCUUGAAAUUAGUUUUGCUGGUUUCCACAGUGGUUAUUACACUUCAUGCUUAUUCUGGGACAACAGUAUCUCCCCAAAGUGCUACCUUCUCUUUCAAAAGUCUAAAUCUUACACUUCAGGAAAUUAAAGAUUUGGCAUACAAAUACUAUACCAGACAGUGUUGGGAUUUGUUUGCUGAGCAGAUGGCCAAUAUCAGUAAAAUAUAUUGGUGUGAGUGGAGGACUAUUCGCAGGCCAUACAGUCACCUGAGAAAAUGCCUGGAAAGUGAAGCUGAUAAACUGGAGCUUGACUACCCCAAUUCCAUGGCUGAGGAAUACAUCAUUAUCAGCCACCAUAACUACUUCCUCAAUUGCACCCUGAAGAAUCGACCUCUCCAGGACCCUCCUGAAAAUAUUUUGCUAGCUCUUAUUAUAACCCCCAUCUGCCUUAUUCCUUUCUUGGUUGCUCUUGUUGUAUUGAAGAGCAAAGAUGGUGAGAUGCAAUUGUGAAUCCUGAUCUUUACAAGGUGAUGUGAUAGGGCCUCCAUGGCCUAAGUGGUAUAAUUACAACACUCAGUUCAAUUCUUGGGUAUUAUGAAAUUCACCCUACCCAAUCUAAGAACAUUAUAUAGCAUGAGCCACUGCACUGGAGACUAUUGGUUGAAGUGUUGCAUAAGGGGACUUUGUACUAAAAGAAGGGUCAUAAACAACAAAAUCAAACCUCCAUCACCAAGGCAAAUGCUGAUGUAUGUAUGUCUCAGUUAUAAUUUGAUUUAAUAUUACUGCCUCUCUUAUUCUGAAUGAAUUAUGGGAAUUAUAGACUUGGGAGACACCAAGGCAGUGAAAGAUUUUAGGGUGGAUAUAGAUAGGCCAAACAAACUAUAUGUGAUUUUUUUUUCCUUUAGAAAGAAAAUGGUAAGUGCCCGUGUGCCCUUCUUUUUGCAUACUGAUAUCUUUGUCCUUCCACCCAAACUCUCAUCCAACACUUACAAAUGUCAGAUAGUAAUGCCCAGUGGUG